AUGCGAGCCUAUUGGUUACCUUCGGCCACUCCUGACGCUCCCAAGAAAGUAGACCCACCCCCCACUGACACUACGUGUCCGGAAGGCUGCGGGAAGCUUCGUCUAAAGGACCUUUUCCCGAUUGUUUUCACGCCGCUGCCGCCGCCUGACCAGCCGCUUGGCUUUGGCGGAGGCUCGGGCGGAGGUUCGGGAGGAGGUUCGGGAGGAGGUUCGGCGAAGCAGGUGACGACGUCGGCUGCGGUGAGCAACGGUGGAGCGCGGUACAUGUGUCCUGCGUGCUCCACCACCCUCACCAACGCUUCGAAACUCUCGGCGAUAGUCGCAUGCGGGCAUGUGCUGUGCCGGCGGUGCAUUGAGAAAUUCGUUUCUGCUGACGGGGCUUGCACUGUCUGUGGAACAGCCGUGGAGGGGGGUGGUGCUGGGAGCGGGAAAGGGAAAGGAGGGGAGAAGGAGGAGAAGGGAGGAGGGGAGAGGAGGGGGUUGGUGGAGCUGGCGUGUGGAGGGACGGGGUAUGCGGGGCAUGGGGAUGGGCUGGUGGCGAAGGCAUUCAAGCCGCUGGGGAGUGGGCCUGCUGCUGCUCCUCCUAUCAAGCCCACACGGCUGCUCUGA